AAAAAAAAAAAAAAAAAAAAAAAACCUGGCAAGGCGAGCAGCCAAUCACAGAGCUCACUCGCCUUGCCACGUGAGAAUUUCGGCCAACCAACGUCCGAUAGCCGACUACGCGGUCUACGGGCCGUGUAAUUCAUUAAACCGACUUUAAUGAAAAAGAAGGCAGAUCUUUAAACUGCAUCGAGCUAGUAAGUUAAUAUUAUGUAGUGCGCGUUAUAAAAUAAUAUAUAAUUAUAGCAUAAGGCAGCUAAGUGAAUUCACUGGGAGUUAGCGACGUUUUCACAGGUCCGUCCUUUCGAUUCCUUUGGCCAAACGUUCCUGCUGAACCUUUGAUGGCUUCCCAUAUCUUGGGCGAUUCCUCAGCCGUCCUCUGGCUGUGCCACGUGCUUUUGGCGCAGGCGCUGGGCCGGACCUACAUGGCGGCCGUGUACGAGCACAGAGCGGUGCUGAACCCGAACCCCGGGCAGCCGUUGGGGCGCCAGUUUGCCCUGGAGCACAUGUGGCAGAACUUGGAUGUGUUUGAGGAGCAGGCCGCCGCCGCCGCCAAACAGGGAGCACAGAUAAUUGUGUUUCCCGAGGAUGGCAUUCAUGGCUUUAACUACACCAGGGAAUCCAUUGCUGGCUACCUGGAGACGGUGCCGGACCCCACUGCUGUGAGGUGGAGCCCCUGUUCCGAGCCAGAGCGGGUCCCGCACACCGAGGUUCUACGGCGACUAAGCUGCAUGGCCAAGAAGAACGCUAUCUAUGUGGUAGCCAAUAUGCCCGAUCGCCAGGACUGCGAUAUCCUGAACGAUGCUCGCUGCCCCCUGGAUGGCCGAUACCAGUUUAACACCGACGUGGUGUUCGACACCAGCGGCACCAUCGUGGCCAGGUACCACAAGCAGAACCUCUACUUUGAGGCCGCGUUUGACACACCUCCAGAAUGUGAGCACGUCACAUUCGACACCCCCUUUGCCGGGAGGUUCGGGGUCUUCACCUGUUUUGACAUCCUGUUCUAUGAACCAGCAGUUUCCCUUGUAGAAAAAUUGGGCGUGAGGCAGCUGGUGUACCCCACAGCCUGGAUGAACCAGCUUCCCCUGCUGGCAGCUGUGCAGUUCCAGCGUGCUUUCUCCCACGCGGCUGGUGUCACUCUGCUAGCCGCCAACGUCCGAGCAGCUGGUCUGGGCAUGACAGGAAGUGGCAUAUUCACUCCCUGGCAGGAGGUGUAUCAGCACAACACGGAGAAUGAGGAUGGCAGGCUGCUGGUGAGUGAAGUCCCUGUACUGGAUCACGAAGAGAUCAACCACCGCCGUGGUCGCGGUUGGCCAUUGGAGCCCUUCUCUGGGCAGGAGCUCCUGCAGCCUCAGUUCUGCCAGGAGGAGGCCCGGGAGUGCAGGGAGGACCCUAACCAAAGGCCAGCCUCUUACAGCAGCACAUCCACGGCUCUCAUGAUGUAUGACAACUUCACCGUAGCGCCCUUAGAAGGUCCAGAGGGCAAUCUAAUGGUGUGUGACAAGCUGCUCUGCUGCCACCUCCUGUACCGUAGGACUUAUGAACCCAAUGAGCUCUAUGUUCUGGGUGUUUUCAGCGGCCUGCAUGUUGUCCAUGGAACGUACCACUUGGAGGUGUGUGCGUUGGUUCGAUGUGCAGGCUCCACUCUUGCCAGCUGCGGGGGUGAGACUGACCAUGCCAGCACCCGUAUAGACUUCCACCUCCAGGGCAACUUCAGCACCCGGCACGUGUUCCCCAGCUUGCUAGGGAGCGGCAUGCAGCUCGAUCGCCCAGACAGACAUGGACAGAAAGGAGGCAAAGUCUUCAUGAGCCGGACAGGAAUGCGGAGCGGGCUGGUAACAGCCUCCUUGUAUGGCAGAGUAUAUGAGAAAGACAACAAGUCUUAGGAAAAAGUGUAAACCAGCUUAGAUGUACAAGUAGUAUAUGAAUCUGAGUCAGUAAGACACAAUUAAAUGGCCCUGUCCUUUCACCUCCUGUAUGUACCAUCUUCAUGGCAUUAAAUGAGUCUGUGUGCCAAAACUAGUGCUACUACAAUGAUCCCUUAUCAAAAUGAAUCUCCUACAUGACACAGCAAACCUAUUGCAACAUACAAAUGAUGACAAAGGAAAAAAAAUUACAUAACCCACUUCAGGAUUUUAUUGUCCAUAAAAUAUACAAGAAUCCCAGAUGUACUGAAAGAGCGCAGGUAGGUAUAGGAAUCCAAGCAGUCACUAGUUCCUAUGUACAUGCUAUUUUCAUCCCUUCAAAAGUAGGAGGGAAAAAAAAAAAAAAAAAAAACGCGCUUUUGUGCACACGCACGCACACACCAUCCUGUAAUUUCUUAAAAUCAGAUACAUUGUACAGAAAUCCAGUUUAAAAUAGUUUUGAAAUAAGAUUUUAAUUCACACACACAAACAAGUGGGUUCACCAACUGAAAAUGAACAAAUGGUAAGAGCAAAGACGGAGCGUUCAAGGAUCGCACGUGUGCCGCCCUACCACUGGUACACACUCCCCGGGUUCUUCACUGCUGGCGGCUACUGGCCCUGGUAC